AUGUCGCUGAGGACGCCCGCCAAGCUGCAGCAGGAGGAGGACCAGCUGGGCGUGUCCACGCUGAGGAUGUACAGCUCCUUCAUCCCCCCCGGGCUCCGGGCCCUCAGCCUCCCAGAGCCUCACUUCCUUCACGCCAUCGACUACGGUAACUACGUCUACUUCUUCCUCAGUGAGAUCGCAGUGGAGUACACCGCCCUGGGCAAGGUGGUCUUCUCUCGAGUCGCCCGGGUCUGUAAGAACGAUGACGGAGGUUCACCCAGAGUCCUGGAGAGACACUGGACCUCCUUCCUCAAGGCUCGUCUCAACUGCUCCCUCCCCGGUGACUCCUUCUUCUACUUCGAUGUCCUCCGCUCUCUGAGCGGCGUGCUGCAGGUCAACCGGCGGCCGGCGGUGGUCGGCGUCUUCACCACGCAGGCCAACAGCAUCCCCGGCUCGGCCGUGUGCGCCUUCUACCUGGACGACAUCGAGAAGGCGUUCGGCGGCCGCUUCAAGGCGCAGCGCGGCGCCGACGCGGCCUGGACGCCGGUCCCCGAGGAGCAGGUCCCCCGACCCAGACCCGGGGCCUGUGCGGGCGACGGUCCGGCGGCAGACUUCAGGUCGUCGGUUCAAUUCCCUGACGAGACGCUGGCGUUCAUCAAGGCCCACCCCCUGAUGCACGAGGCCGUCCCCGCCGUCAACCAGCGGCCCUGCUUCACCAGGACCUCCAGCAGGUCCAAGCUGACCCAGAUCGCGGUGGACGCGUCGGCCGGGCCCUUCAAGGACCGGACCGUGGUGUUCCUGGGCUCCGACGAGGGCCGGGUCCUGAAGGUCCUGGCCAGCACGCGCCCCGACGACGGCGCCGGGUCGCGGCUGCUGGAGGACAUCGACGUCUACAACCCGUCCAGGUGCGACGUUCAGGGUCAGCAGGACAGGAGGGUUCUGGGUCUAGAGCUGGACAAGGACCACCAGGCCCUGUUCGUGGCCUUCAGCAGCUGCGUGGUCCGGGUCCCGCUCGCCCGCUGCCGCCGCCACGGGGCCUGCAGGGGAGCCUGCCUUGCCUCUCGUGACCCGUACUGCAUCUGGCUGCGGACCGGGAGUUGUGCCAACAUGGCGCCGGGUAUCAAGGCCGGCUUCGACCAGGACAUCGAGGGAGACCACGCCCCCGCCCCGCCCCCCCCCGACGGCUGCCACGACAAUGUGUUGACGACGACACAGAACCAGGAGUCUGCAGCCGACUCUGCCUACGGCGUGCGGCGCCCCCUGGAGGCCGAGCGGCUCCCCUACACGCUGCUGCUGGCCUGCGUGCUGCUGGCCUUCCUGCUGGGCGCCGUCUCCUCCGGCCUCCUGGUGUCGUGUUGCUGCGGCAACGCGCGGCGGCUCGGGAGAGACGAGGAGGCGCACGCCAUGUCGCUGAGGACGCUCGCCAAGCUGCAGCAGGAGGAGGACCAGCUGGGCGUGUCCACGCUGAGGAUGUACAGCUCCUUCAUCCCCCCCGGGCUCCGGGCCCUCAGCCUCUCCCAGGCGGACGGCGAGCUGUCCGGUCUGCCCACGCCGGCCUCCAGCCCGGAGCCGGCCAGCAGGAACACGCCGGCCCUGAACGCCUCGUCCUCCUCACUGCACCUCCCUGAGGAGGCCUCGCAUGAAGGGCGAGGAGGAGGAGGAGCAGCAGGAGGAGCCCCUCCCCCGUCGGCGCUGGACGAGCUGCUCCUCCACCUCCAGGAGGUGAGCGCGUCGGGGACCGGCGGCAUCAAGGUCCUCACCUGCACCUCCUCGUCCUCCAUGUUCCACGGGCCCUCGGCAGGAGGAGGACGCCCCCCCCACUACCACCGCGGCCCCCAGCGGCGCCUCCCUGAGACCUCCUCCUCCUCCUCCUCCACUCCCCUCCAGGUGAUCCCGGAGACCCGCCUCCUCUCCCAGCGCCACUCGCUCAUCAAGAUGGGCGCCGUGCCGCACCACCACAGCUUCAACCACCAGGGGGCGCUGGCCAGGAUGAACACCAACAGCAGCAGCAACGGCCCCCCACCGGGCCCCCCGGGGCCCCCGGCCGAGCGCCUGCCUGACGCGGCAGCACAGCUACAGCGAGGCGCCUCGCGGGCAGCGGGCGCCGGUCGUCCGCAGAACGCCGUCGUUCAAACCUCAAGCUUCUCCCACAGCGCGGCUCCUCCCCCACGCCACGACGGCACCGGGAGUAACGGCGGGAAAAUACCACUGAGGCUGUGGGAGGAGGCGGAGCCAAUCGAACACGGCCAGAGCGGAAAGACACAAAGGAAACUAUGAGCACAUCGCCGGGCGGCUCCUGGUGGCUCCUGGGGCUCCUAGUGGCUCCUGGUGGCUCCUGGGGCUCCUGGGGCUCCUGGUGGCUCCUGGGGCUCCGUGCGGCUCCUGGGGGCUCCUGGCAGCUUUCCCUUCCUGACAGACUGCAGAUCAAAACUUUCCAGAAGCAGAAACAUUCAAAGGAGUCCCCGCGGCUCGAGGCCUGAAAACCAAAACAGGUCGGUCACCUCGCCACAAAGAGGGGAUCGGACCGCCGGGGCCCUCACCGGGGGGGCCGGACUCGUCUCCAGGACCCGCAGAGUCAGUCUGUACCACAUUGGUAUCUGAAGCUCGGAGUCUAUAUUUAAAAUCCUGCUCUCUCAUUGGCCGGUGAGCUGGGAGGAAACGUCCGGCGUUCAGGAAUCCAAUGACGUUUCCAAGGAAACAACUAAAUAAGCAAUAAAACCGCGACAGGAAGUGGUGCCCAUGAGGCGCCUGGAGAACGUUCCAGCGCGACCGUGGGAGUGUUCCUCCACAGAUGGUCUCCUGUUUCCUGCUUCCUGUUUCCAGAGGUUGGAGCAGGUGGGAGGUCAGAGGUCGUCACGUGGUGAGUUCAGGGAGCCUCCGACAUCCUAGAAAGAAGCUGUGAAUGAGACACGAGCAGCGGACCGGUUAUCAAACGGUGGAGAGGUCAAAGGUCAAAGAUACCAACGGACCACUUGAGUUGACGUCAAUCACGACCUCUGACCUUUGAGUCCAGUUGAUCAUCGUUCACACACACAGCAAUAAGAAGCCCGGUGAUGCUGCAGCAGUGUUAGGGGGUGGGGGGGCAGGUUCAAUAACUUUAUUGCUUUCUGCUUCUGGAGACAUGACGGGACCGGUCCAGGUCCAGCUGGUCUGGAGUCAUGGUUACCUUCCUGCUGAUGGGCGACAGAAUGAAUCAAAUAAAAGCUUCUGUGGAACGUU